AUGUCACAUUCAAAUAUUCGUUUUAUUUCUCUCAAUGAUGGCAUAGCCGUGAAUAAGACAGAAAUUGUUUUUAAUGAUGGAGAUGAGGUGAAUGUCAAUGAGAAACUACGUGAGCUUAUAUGUGUAGGCAACACCACAAAACACAACAUGAAAAUUCAAAUUUUGACGAAUACAAGUCAAAAUGAGAAGUUUGAAUUUACUUCAAAUCCGCAAUUAAUUGUUUUAGGCAAAGGCGAAGCCUGUGAAUUUGAAUUUUUUGUGACUUUGUUUUGCACUUCAAAAAUUCAAAGUUUUUUUCUUCUUGUUGCAACCGCAUUUGACACACAAAGAAUAAUAUACAAAGAGAUUAAUUUCAGUUUAACAGCUCAAUUGACCACACGACUUGAUCCAGACGAAUUAAAAGAAGACAAAAAACUUGGUGAAGGGUCCUUUGGUAUUGUGUACAAAGGGACUUUACGAGGCAAUCUUGUUGCUAUUAAGAAGAUGAAAACAAGUCGCAACUCAAUGAAUUUGAAAAUGAAGUGGAGAUGUUGGAUAAAUUUAGAUGUGAGUAUAUCGUCCAUUUCUAUGGCGCCGUAUUUAUACCAAGUAAGAUCUGUAUGGUCACCGAAUUCGCUCAAUUUGGGAGUUUACAAAAUUUAA